CUGCGAGCAGGAGGAAGGCGUCAGGAACCCAACAACCCAACCCAUCAGCCCGUCAGGACCCGGUCCAGACCAAUCAGGACCCAUCAGCACCGGCGCGGCGGCGGCGACCAGGGGGUCCAGUCCAGGCGGGGGUCCAGGGCGCGACCGGGACCGGCGGUCGAGGCCCAGCUGCUGCGGAUCGCGUGGGGGAGGGGAGAGGCGGCUGUCUGCCGGAUGUCCCGCGGCGGCGGGGAGUAGGGCGACGGCGGCGGCGGAGAUCGGCUGCGGCGGCGCGACGCGGCGCGGGAGGGCGGCGGCACCAUGUCUGCGGUAGUCUGUGGCAAGAGGUCCUCCUCCAUCUUCGCCGACGAGCUCCUCCCGCCGUCCCCUCCGUCCCCUCACUCCUCCUCCCCCCACCAGCCGCCGGCCAAGCGGUCCCGCCGCUCCCCCUCGCACCGCGGCGGCGGCGGCGGCGGCAACGACGGACGCCGACGGGAGGCGCUCGUCCACCAUCUACUUGCGCUCUUCCCCGACAUGGAUCCCCAGUUGCUUGAAAAAGCUCUGGAAGCAUCUGGAGACGACUUGGAUUCUGCAAUAAAGAGUUUGAAUUUGCUGCGCUUAGAGUCCACAUCUACUGGUUUCAAACCUGAAAAUGGUCAGCAUACAACAAUUCAGCCUUCCGUUGAAGGUAUUCCUAAUGGUGGUGUGGAUACGGUUACAGUUACAGAACAUCCGCCUACUGUAGAUAAUUACCAGACAAGUAAUAAUGGCUCCGAAUGGGUUGAGCUAUUUGUUAGGGAGAUGACAAAUGCUUCUGACAUAGAUGAUGCACGGGCUCGUGCGUCAAGAGCUUUGGAGGCUUUGGAGAAAUCGAUUGUAGAGCGUGCAGGAGCUGAAGCUACACAGAAUGUGCAUAAGGAAAACAUGAUGCUCAAGGAGCAACUGACUGUUGUUCUGCGAGAGAAUGCUGUGCUGAAGCGGGCGGUUGCCAUUCAACAUGAGCGCCAAAAGGAGUUUGACGAGAGGUCUCACGAGGUCCAGAGCUUGAAGCAACUUGUUUUGCAGUACCAGGAGCAAGUUAGGACUCUAGAGAUGAACAACUAUGCCCUGACAAUGCACCUCAAGCAGGCUCAGCAGAACAGCUCCAUACCUGGACGUUUCAACCCGGAUGUUUUCUAAGCAUAGCUGCUGAGUGAUCUGCACCAGAUCAAUAACCUAUGGCUAUGAAGAUAUUCUGUUUUACCAAGUGCCCCUGAAAUGGGGAUACCAGAUAGGUUGAUUCACCGCCCAUGGGUCCAAAAUUUUCAAGAUACGGUUUUGAUUUAAACGUGUUGCUUUCACGCAAUUGGCUACCAAAUAUAUUGUGUGUUUCCAUUUUCCUCGGUAUGGUUUAUUUGAUCCAUGGCUAACAUAUU